AUGUUAAUGGAAUGGUGGCCGCUUUCAGACGAAAGGAGUCCUGGCGUCUGUUAGCUCGUUGGGUGAACGACAUUCGGAAGAUUGUGGGUCACUUCUGGAUGAGAUUGGCUGAGGACUGGGAUAAAUGGCGUACUCGAAGAGAGGUCUAUGCUCAGCAGUGGGCGAUAAAAAGCUGAUAUGAUGAUGAUGUCCCACCCGAACACCGCAGCGGCGUGCGUAUCGGCAUCCAAUUGAAUACCAGACUCGGUCGACAAUCACAUUGGCACGAGAGGACCAGUUGGGAAGAGACAGCAAAUAUGACCCGUUUGCGCACAGAAAUGUAACUCACCCUACUUCGACUGUUGGAUCUUUCUUCCAUCUUCUAAAGUCCUCGCUGGGCUCAGGGCUGCUGGCGAUGCCGGCCGCAUUUAAACACAUUGGCAUAAUUCCCGGCGUCUUCGGCACAGCCCUAGUCGCACUUAUCGCUACACACUGCGUCCACAUAUUAGUAUCUACGUCACGAGCACUGUGUGAAGAAAGCAGAGUAGCUUCGUUGAGCUACGCCGAGACGUGUGAAAAAGCUUUUAAACAUGGUCCAAAGAUGAUUAGGAGAUUUUCUACACAUAUAAGACACUUUGCUGACUUCGCUAUGGCAGGGGUUUGCUUGGGUGGAACGAGUGUGUACGUAAUUUUCAUCGCCUCCUCACUCAAGGAUAUAUGCGACCACUUCUACCCAUCUCACCUGUACUCUGUCAAAACCUACUGCGGUUUCCUCCUACUCCCGCUCAUCCUGACCUCCCAGAUUCGUCAUCUCAAGUUCCUGGUCCCUUUCUCCCUCUUAGCCAAUAUCUGUCUCCUUCUGACCUUCCUUAUCACUUGCUACUACACGUUCCAGGGCAUACCGAGCGUAGGGCCGGAAAAAUUGACAGCUGGGGUCACCCGAUGGCCCCUGUUUUUAAGCACAGCCAUCUUCGCGAUGGAGGGCAUCAACGUGGUCAUGCCCAUAGAGAACGAGAUGGCGAACCCGAAGCGCUUCCUCGGGUGCCCUGGGGUACUGAACGUGACCAUGGUCUUCGUAGCUACGCUGUAUGGUGUGGUGGGCCUGUUCGGCUUCUUGAAGUACGGCGAUGAGGCUCAAGGAAGCAUCACUCUGAAUCUUCCGCAGGAUGAAAUCCUGGCGAUGGUAGCGAAAAUUCUGGUGGCUGUAGCGGUAUUCUUCACAUAUUGCCUGCAGAUGUACGCGCCGUUGGACAUCCUCUGGAUUCGAGUGCAGAGCUUCAUAUCUGUGAACUACCAUAAUCUGGGGCAAAUCGUUCUCAGAACACUGUGUGUCGUCCUUACAGUGACCUUGGCCAUCGCAGUGCCUGACUUGGAGCUGCUGAUAGGUCUGGUAGGCGCCAUCUUCUUCUCAACCCUGGGCCUCCUCAUCCCGGUGGUUGUGCAGACCGCCCACUGCUGGGACAGGAACUUGGGUCCGUAUUUGCUAGUGGUGUGGAAGAAUAUGCUGCUGUUGCUGUUCUACUUACUGGUUCUAGUUUCUGGUUGCUACGUGUCUAUUGGUGAACUGGUUGCAAAGUUUUCCUAGUACUUAUUCGUAUUUGGAGCUUGGUAUCAAUUUAAACAAGGUCCAUUUAAUAUUUUGCCUACGAGGUAUAUUUGAGUGCCGUAGCUUCUCAAUACUGGUAUCUGUUUUGGAGGAUGCCGGGGACUCUAUUUUAGUGCGCUGUGUUUUAAACACUCUUGCACCUAGGUUCAUGAAAUUUGACACUUACGUAGACAAUUUUAUGAUGUUUUGAUAAUAAAAAUAAAUGUUGAAGGCAUUUUUAUACAAUUUACAAUAUAUUUUUUGCAACAUACCUGGACACGCCGAGACAUAUUAUAAAUUACACUAGCCUAUACAUAUUACAAUAUAUUAUUAUGUAUAUACGUAACCACUAAAUAGAUGUAAUUAGUUAGGUGUAAUUAGUCAGUAGUUAGUAUAAUUAGUAUUAUAUUUAUUAUUAGCUAAAACAGGCCCUAAAUGAUUCAGAAAUAUAAAGUUAAGACUAAUUAAACUUAACAAAUUACAGUUAUUAAUUGACAGUUAACAGAGUGGACCGUAAAGCGGGUAACGAAAAGUGUACGCAAGAGUGUGUUUGUGCAUUUUUAGCCUUAUGUGUAAUUUGAUAAAUCUGCGUGCCAAAAGUUUGUAAGUCUUAUCGAUACGUGUAUAAUAAGUAAAAAAGUUGCGAUGAGGCUUGAAUUGGUUAUUUUUUUAACCUGGACCGUGAAAGGGUUAAAAACCAAUAUAAUUGCAAUAUUAUACUUUAACAAUAAAUAAUUUUUUUUCAAGGA